UUUGUUUUUGUUUUUAUUCAAAAUUUUCAUAAACAGUGGGUGGUUUUUCAAUUUUUUCAGUGAAAAUCAUGAGUUAUUAGUUAGAAAAUUAGUUACCAUUUGAAAAACUGCUAGCUUUUCGAUUAAACCAUAAUGGAUUUCGACAGCCCGGAUGUCGAAAAGGAUUUUCCCGGUUUGUAUGCAUCGGAAACGGCUGGCAAAAGCAAAAAGGAUGAAAAAGAUUUUCCCGAAGCAGAAAUAGAAGGGUUUAGCAAAAAAGAGCUCCUGAUAGGACGCCGUAAGGACAAAAAGGAAAAGAAAACGGCCUACGCCACUUUGGAAGGCGAAAGUUCCCCGGAGGAAGAACCGGAAACUAAAAGUCCGUCAAAGUCUAAAAAGUCGAAGGCUUUUAAAUUUCCCUCGAAAAGCAAGGAAAAGCGCGAAAAGUCAAGGGAAAAAGAAAAGGACAAACCGGAAAUAGCUAAAGCAGAGGAAGUAAAGCCUCCUGAGAAGCACGAAAAGGAGAAGGAAAAAAAGAAAGACAAGGACAAAAAGGAUAAAGAUAAGAAAGAUAAAUCCAAAGAUAAGAAGGACAAAAAGUUAAAACAAUGCGGCGCCAGCGAAGAAGUUCUGGAGCUAGGAGAUGCCCAGCCGAUUUUUGGAGUAUCGCUUGGUUUGGCCGUUGAAAGAAGUCGAUGCCAUGACAGCGUUAAUUUACCUCUGGUCGUUAGAGAUUGCAUCGAUUAUCUGCAGGAACAUGGCUUGCACAGCGACCAGCUGUAUAAAGUCGAUGUUGUGAAGACUAAACUACAGCAGCUGAAAAAGUCCUACAACAAUCGUGAGGGAAGCAGUUUGGGCGAUUUUGAUGUUCCUGCUGCCUGUGGUUUGUUAAAACUCUUUCUAGCAGAACUUCCGGAACCAAUUUUGACAACAGACCUCUCUACUCGUUUCGAAGAAGCAGCCUCCCAUUCUCAAGUAUCUCAACAAGAAGAAGAACUUGUUGGUUUAGUCGAUCAGCUGCCCAGUUGCAACAGGACCCUUCUGGCCUGGGUUAUUUUGCAUUUAGAUGCUGUCACACAGAACGAAACGCACACGAAAAUGAACGCUCAGAAUGUGGCCAUGUUGCUGAGCCCGACCUUGCAGAUGUCCCACAGACUGUUCGUGGCCAUCAUGUGCCAUUGUAAUACUCUGUUUGCCGAUACACAGUUGCUAAAAUAUGUUCCUCCCAUCACAGCGUCUAGCCCCAAUUUGCCGGAAACACCGGACGAAAUUUCCACCGAGCUCAAGAAACAGGAAAGCUUGUUGGCGCAGAUUCACGCAGAAAUGAACGCAGGUUUUGUGACGAAAAAGCGCGAAGAACAGCUUUGGGAAGUUCAGCGAAUUAUAACGCAGCUUAAGAGAAAACUGCGUUCGUUUGAAAAGAAAUCAGACUGCACUCAGAAAAGUUUGGACGACACCGUUGAUGGAGAUAUUUCAAUGGAUCUGAAUAAAGCUAAGCUGUCCUGUUCUGAUGAUGAAUCAUCAAUCAAAACCGUCACUGGUGUUUCAACGACUUCUGCGACCAAUACUGAAACGAAAAAUACUCCUCAAGAAACUCCGGAAGAUGUUACAUUAGUAGAACAAAAGAAAAUCGAGGUAGACGCAGUCGAGCAAACCGAGCCAGAGAAACCGGUUGUUGCUGAAUCGGCGCCCAUAAGUGACACUGUUACCGUAACAGAUAAUGGAUUCAUGUUGCUUCCGAAAAAUCAUCCCGACUAUCUCACGUUGAUUAAGCUUCAGUUAGAGAACCAGGAGCUAUUGAACUGGAAGGCUCAACUUCAGGCACGUAUUAAUGCCGAACGAGCGGAAAUAGUCCGCAUGAGGAAGUUGCUGGUAACGGAUAACGGGAUUACAACGCAUGGUCCAAGCAGUUUGGAUUGCUCUGUAGGCGACAAUGACGAUUAUGAACGGCUGGUAGCGCAUUAUGCGAAAGAAAAUGCCCUUCUUGAGCAAAAGCGACAAAUAUUAGCCAAAGAAAUUUUUGAGGAAAACAAAAAUCUUAUUCAAAUGCAAGUAGAACUUGCUCUCAAUCGUUAUAAAAUAUAAACCUUGAAGUUUACUUAAAGUGAACCGACAAAACAGUAUCUCUCAAUGUGUUGAUAAAUGUUCAAUAAAUAGUGGAAAUAUCUUAUCUCAAAAA